ACUGGGCAUUAGAUGUUUUCUUGAUUUGAACCCAUUGCUUUGUUGAUAGUAUUUGCAUUAGAGUGUUCAUUUAGAGUCUAUCCUCUGUCAGACAGAGUUUCUUGAAAAUGAUUGGGGCAUGUUAACUGCAAAGCAUGAUUUCGAACUGGCCCAGGCAUAUUGAGCUUUAUUUUUAUUUUAUUUUUCUAUAACCCUUAACUUCUGUCUAUUGGCUCCAAGGCAGAAGAGUGGUAAGGGCUAGGCAAUAGAGGUCAAGUGACUUACCCAGGGUCACACAGCUGGGAAGUGUCUGAGGCUAGAUUUGAACCCAGGACCUCCCUCUCUAGGCCUGGCUCUCAAUCCACUGAGCCACUCAGCUGCCCCUGAGCUUUAUUUUUAAAGUUGCACCUUAAAAUUCUUCCUUAGAGAAAUGACCAUCUUGUCUUCAUAGUUGGAAGAGACCUAGAUCCAUCUGUAGUCCCUCGUCAACCAAAACCUGAAUGUAUUAAAUUUUUAUAAAAAGUGCUUUGUUAUCAAAGACAUGCUUCCUAUUCCUGCUAAAUAUAAAAACUCAGAAACUUGUAAUUUUGGAAGGGAGGCAUGGCAUGAGAGGGAGACUGGUAGUUGUUUUUAACAAGGACAUGAUUGUGUUCCCCAGUUAACCCUUUAUUAUUUCAUCGUCUAGUAAAAAAAAAAAUGCUUAAUAAUAUGGACUGGUCAUUGAUCCUUCAGCCCAGAUACAGAUAAUUCCCUUGAAUUAAAAACAUGAUUUAUUUUUUUUGGGGGGGGGAGAAAAGAUAGGAAGAGGGGAGUGUGAUAGCUAGUAUGAGAACCCUGUGGUUUAUUUGGGAGAGACCAAUGGCCAAAUGAAGCAUCCCUAAGACUCCCUGCCUUGGUUCAUUACCCCACCUUCUUGAGUCUGGGGUGGCUUGCCAUUUCCUUUUCCAACUCAUUUUGCAAAUGAGGAAACUGAGGUAGAGUUAAGUGAAUUGCUCAGUAAGUAAAUACUUACCCAUAGCUGGUAGUAUAUUAUUGCAGAGUGUGCAUGGAGGAGGAAGAGAAGAAGGAGAAAGAGGAGAAGGAGGAGGAGGAAGAAGAGGAGGAAGACAGGCACCAUCUUUGAGUAUCUGAAGGACUGCUACUUGCUCUCAGAGUAGGAAGGACUGUCCUGGCGAUGCAGUGAGCUCUGCUACACCUGAAGGUCUUCACUCAGAAGAUUUAGGUGAGAAUCACUUGUCAGGGAUGCUGAAGGCGACAGUUCCUGUGGUCCUCCCCCAUUAGAAUGCAAGCUCCCUGAGGUAGGUUGGGGUUAAUUUGCUUGCUUGUAUUUGUAUCCUAGAUGCUCAGUAGGGCACUUGGCACCUAGAGAGAGUUUAAUGCUUUUUCCAUUCAUUCCUGUUUUGGUAGGGGUAGGACUAGCUGUUCUUUCUUGGUGCUUUUGUGAUUUUAUUUAUCUCCAGGGAAAGCCAGUGGGUAAGGGGGUGUCAUUGUGAUACUAGGUGGGAGGAGCCCUCAGCUCUCCAUUUCCACAGGACCAAGGGCUGGGGAUACCACACACAGAUAUGCAGAAGCACAUAUUCCAGGAAGGACCCCAGAUUUUGAGUCAGAGGACCUGCCUUUGAAUCCUGCCUUUUUGGAAAGCAAUCCUUUUUCUGACAGUGCUUGCCCUGCAUCAUCCCUAGCUUCUCCCUUCCAUUCAAAGCAACCUCUCUCAUUCUGAGAGCCAGAGGCUGCAUCUUUACAAUUCUACUUUCCAAACUCCUGCUAUUCCCUGCCAAGGCUCCUUGGAGCCCCAGCCCUAGAGGAGAUGGUGAGAAACUGGAAAGGAAGGGAGGUACCUAACUGGAAAAUAAAUGGGAACCAAUUAUCCCAUUGUUCACUUCCAUUUGGCACUGAAGAUAGAGCCCUGCACCUGUCAUCAGGAAGACUAGAGUUAAAAUCUGGCCUCAGACACUACUAGCUAUGGGUAAGUAUUUACUUAUUGGGCAAUUCACUUAACUGUUUGCCUCAGUUUCCUCCUUUGUAAAAUAAGUUGGAGAAGGAAAUGGCUAAUCAUCCCAGAAUCUUUGCCAAGAAAACCCCAAAUGGGGCCGUAAAUAGCUGGACAGAAUUGAAAGUGACGGAACAACAAAAGGUUUUCUUCACAAAACAGUUUGAAAUAAAGUCAAUAAGCCAACAAAUGUGCAUUUGUGCUCCACAACUGUUUCCAGAGCAGACCAGGUGCCCCCGACUCAGCCUCACCAGUCAGUAGAAAGAUCCUACCUUGGUCCUAGAGCAGUAGCAGUAAAUGACAACCAAUCUUCCUGCCCUCCAAGGCUACCUUCCAAGGCUGUCAAACAAGCACUUUUGCUGACCCACACGCCCUGCUGCACUGCACUGCCCUGAAUUCUGUGAACUACCAUACAAUCCUCUGUUAUCUAAACUCUAGUUAAACUCCUGUAACUUCUUUGUUUGGCCAGGGACCAAGAGCCACCCAGUGAGAAGCAGACCUCGGACUGUUUCCCAGCAUCUCCUCCGAGGUGCUGAGCCAGCUCUGCUCUAGGAGACCGACCCCAGCUCAAAAGCAACUCUAGGAGGGCUCCAUCUAGCCAUCCUUCACCUGGACUUGGGGACCUUGGCCAUUUGAGCUCUAUGAUGGGAAAGGGAACCUUGGGUGCCAGGGUUUCCAUAGCACCUCCUUUAUCCAUCUUUCCCUAAGGUCCCUUCCUAUUCUAAAUCUUGGGCUUCUUGAUCCCCAAAUUUCUUGGGUAGGGGCUUCUCAACAGGCAGGUCAAAGGUAAGAGAUACCCAAUUAGUAUUGUCUCCUGGAAGUCAAAAGGGAGGGGAGAAAAUCACUACCUAUUUCUGGAGCCUGGGAGGCUCCGUGACCCAUGCCUGCACACUAGCUCCUCCCCAGCACACGCUUAGACACGCCUGCACCUGCAGCCACACCUGGCCUUGGCAGGAGUCGGGGUGAAUCUCUGCAGGUGUUGAUCUGGGGUGGGCAGAUUCCCCACACCUGUGGGUUCCUGUCAGGGCUUGUCUUGGGGGGGUGGGGGAAGAAGGCUGGGGCCUCAGAGCUUGAGAUGGCUAGAGGGAGGCGGGGAUGGGGUGGGGGAGAACCCAGGGGCCAGGCUGGUCCCUUGGGAGCCCUUACUCUGGCUGCAUUGGCUGAGGGGAUUCAGAUCAGCCGAGGGGCAACUGGACCCAGUCAAGGGCAGCCCCCUCAGGAACCCAAGGAGCCCGAGAACCCCACUGAAGCAGUCACCACACCAAGGACAGAGGGUCUGGAACCUGAUCCUGCCACUGGGGACCUGAAGAAUGAGCCCUGCUCCUCAAAGGCUUCUAGCUCAGAAUCUGAGCCCCAGCCCUGGGAGCCUGAACAGCAUCCCCAGUGCCUGCUGGCCCCUGGUUCAUUGGCAGAUUUUGCUCUUCAAACUGUGGUCUGUCUUGAGGAUGCUGGUAUCUCAGGGACCCACGCCUUGGCCUUCAGUCUCUCCUCAGCCUUGGAGGCUCAGGGAGGACAACUCCCAGAAAAGGUACGGGAGGUGGUCCAGGGACUGCAUGGACAGAUGGCCCAGCUGGUAGAAGGCAGAGCAAGGCGGGUGGCCCUGAGGGCACUUUGCUCAUUGGCUGCAGAACACACACAAGAAGUGGUCCAGACGCUGCUGCCUCAUUCUCUGCCCUGUGACAGGGCAGCAGCUGAGUUGUGGCGGGGCCUGAGCAGGAAUCAGAGGGUGAAUGGGCUGGUCCUGGUGCAUCUGCUGCAGGAGGUGAAGGGCCCACCCCAGAGCCAAGGCCUCAGCCCCAGCUCCAGCCCAGGCCCAAGUCGCCAGGAUGCCAAGCCCCAUACCCAGGCACUGGCUGCCACGAGGGCGCUGGGAGAGAUGCUGUCCGUGUCAGGAUGUGUGGCUGCCACCCGGGGCUUCUAUCCACAAGUGCUCAUCGCACUGGUCACCCAGCUGCACCAGCUGGCCUGGGGCGUCCACUCUCCCCAGGCCCAAGUGAAGGUCCGGGGUCCUCCCUCUAACCAUGCCAGCUGUGCCGUAGAAGCCUUGAAGGCCCUGCUCAGUGGGGAUGGAGGCCGAAUGGUGGUGACCUGUAUGGAGCAAAGUGGGGGCUGGAGGCGCCUCAUGGGAUCUGGGACCCAUCUGGAGGGUGUCCUCCUGCUGGCCAGUGCCCUUGUGGCUCAUGCUGACCACCACCUGCGUGGGCUCUUUGCAGACCUGCUCCCUCGGCUACAAAGCCCUGAUAAAGCCCCACGCCUGACAGCGAUGGCCUUCUUCACUGGGCUUCUUCAGAGUCAGCCCACCGCAAGGCUGCUGAGAGAUGAAGCCAUUGUACAACGCCUGACUGCCUGGCAGGGGGACCCCGAGCCCACAGUGCGAUGGCUGGGCCUCCUGGGCCUGGGGCACCUGGCCCUGAACCACAGAAAGGCGCGACACGUGGGGACGCUCCUCCGGGCUCUGCUGGACGCACUCGGCGAGGCGGACACGCGGCUGGUGGGGGCGGCCUUGGGCGCGCUCCGGAGGCUCUUGCUGAGACCGCGGGCUCGGGCGCGGGUGAGCGCGUAUUGCGCCAGCCUGGGCACGCGCCUGAGGCCGCUGCUGGACCACUGUCAGGAUUCGGUCCGAGCCUCAGCCAUUGGGCUCCUGGGCACACUGGUGGGUCGGUGCUCUCUGCGGCGUGCUAGGAUGGUGCGUGAGCUGGUGCUGGGCAGCCUGGUGACCCUGCUGCUGCGCCUACAGGACCCGAGUCUGGAUGCUGCCCAGAGUGCAGAGUGGACGUUAGCUCGCUGCGACCGAUUCCUGCACUGGAAGCUCUUGGAGGAGAUCUCAACCAUGGCUCACUAUGACAGCCCUGAGGCUCUAAGCCGAACCUGUGGACGACUGGUGCAGUGGUACCCUCGCAGAGCCUCCGACUUCUUGAGCCAGGCCCAGGGCUACCUGAGGAGUCCUGAGGUUCCCAUUCGCAGGGUGGCAGCCAUGUUCAUAGACCUUGGGGAAAUGCAGUGGGAUGCCGAGACUUGCAUCCGAGAUGUCUCCCACAUCACCAUGCAUCAAGUUCGGCUAGUGUGCCAGGACCAGGACUCCCCCGGACAUGGCAACUUCUCCCCUUGGCAGCUGUUUUGCUGCUGGGGCCACCACCAGGAACGAGAGAGACCAGUCUAUGAGGACAGCCCCUUCAAGCCUAGGAGCCGGGCUGGCCUGUGGGGUUGUGGGAGGCCAUCCUGAGCUACCUUCUGGCUCUGCUCUGAAGAGUACUCGUUCAGCCAAGGAAGCAAGGUCCCUCGCUCUUGUCCAUACCUCACCUGGGUAUUCACAACCUAGGCAUAGAUAUGGCGUCCUUAAGCCCCUCAGAGGGGGGAGCCUUCCCAGGUGGAACUGCCUGGGAACCUGUUCCUCGGGAAAGAGUGAAGCCCGGGACACUUGUCUCUUUGUGACUUCUUUAGGAUGGUCCCAGCCAGCUUGGGGGUGCCUCUCCAACCCUCUCCUUGUUACUUCCUGGCCCCACAAGAUCAUGGAAGCCAGGAACCCAUCACCCCUUAGUGCAGCAUGUAGCCUGAGGCACAAGCUGUGUAUGUUAAACCCGGUCCAGAGAAAGUGGGAAUUUUCUCUCCCUCUCUCCCCAAAGGGAGAGGCUCUUCCUGUCUUUGUCUUUUUGACUGAUAGGGAGAUUUCCAUCUGGCCCUGAGUGGUAGGGCUCCCCAAGAGGAGGCACAGGGCUGUCCGCUCUCUCCUCAGCCAAGAGAACGCUAGAGGCAAGGACAGAAAGCCAAAUGCUACCUCAGAAUCCAAUCCCUCAACAUCUCCUGGACCCAAACCUGCCGUCUGCUCUCCUCCCUUCAAAAGUGGUCUGUGGGACACAGCGGAAAGACUAGGUUGUAGCGCCAGGUCGGCCGUCGCUAGCAUCGUGGCCUUCGUCACUCUCUGAUAGCUCUUGUAAAAUGGAGACGGUAAUCCCUGCCUCUUGAGCAGAGAGCUGUUGGGAGGAAAGUGCUUUGUAGACCAUGAAGCUAUAAAAGAAAUGAGAGCUGCCAUCCCUCCUCAGAACCAGCGCCCCUCAGCCUGGGGGCAUCAGGCAGAGCCCAAGGGAUCCGGACCACAGAGAGCCCACAGCUCAAGCCAAGCACAGGGCACUUUAUUUACAGACGCUUUUUAUGCACUGAUUGAUAGUGUUCAGAUGUGUUUCUCUCUCUGUGGAAGUGCUGUGCCUUCCUGCUAGACUAUGAGCUCUUGGAGGGUAGGGGCUCCAGCUUGCUCAUCUUCAUCCCAACACGAUACUCUAGCUCUAAGCAUUUUUCCCUUCUAUAAAAUGGGAAGGUGAUGUGCCUUCCCUAUCUCAUAGGUUGUGAGGUGCUUUUUUUGUUGAGUAGUUUAAGUCAUAGCCAACUCUUUGUGACCCCAUUUGGGAGCUUUCUUGGCCAACAUACUGGAGUGGGCUUCCAUUUCCUCCUCCAGGUCAUUUUGUAGAUGAGGAAACUGAGGCAAAUAGGGUUAAGCGUCUUGCCCAGGGUCACACAGCUAAUAAGUGUCUGAAGCCAACUUUGAAGUCUUGAAGAUGAGCCUUCCAAGCCUAGCACUCUCUAUCCACUUCGCCACCCAGCCCUGUUGUGAGGAAGGCACUCAGUAAGUCCUUAAGGAGAUAGCAAUGUGAGUUGUAGCUUUUAUUAUUGUUAGAUGAUAAAUAGAUGUCUGUUGAAUGAAUGGAGACACAAGAGUAAAUACAUGGAGUAUAGAAACAUGCUGCAGGUGAUGUGGGUUCAGGGCCAGACAGGACAGAAAAGGGUCCAUUUCUCUUGAAUUGAGCCAUACCGAAUGUGCCUUUGCACCACCUGUUGUCUUGCAAGUACCUCCCUGCAGCCCUCUCACCAACUUUCCUGCCUCCCAUCCCCCUUUCUCCAAAUUUCUACCUCUUGCUCCAGGAACUUAUUAUCCAUUAUUACAGCCAUUGCUUCUGAAAAGGAAAUCCAUCGACUGCCCCUUGUUCCCCUAACCAGCCUUGUACCUUCCUACAACAGAACAUCCAUCCUUCCAUGGCUACAACUCCCUUACUUGUGAUGUCUUCCCCCCCCCCCCCACUCCCCAUUGAAUGGAAGCUCUUGGAGAACAUGUCUCCUGUCUCACUUUUGUAUUUGUAUCCUCACUGUUCAACACCACCAUGCCUUACACAUAGUGCUUAAUAAAUACUUUUUUAGUCAUUUA